UCAAGCUUCAACUGGCGGGAAUGAUUGGCGCCAGAAUUUCGAAAGCAUCAUUCGCGGGGUUUUCUCUAUAUAAACCAAAUCAUUCGUCUGUUGUCCAUUCUCAAAUCUUCCCAAGAAGAAGAAAUUCCUUUUGCUGUUUAAGAAGCUCUCGAUCACUCAAUAUGGCGAAGCAGAGCGAGCAAAACGGUGUUCCAGAAGUCACCCAAGACCUUCCCACCCUUUUGAGAGUGAAAAAGCUCUCAGAAAAGGCCAUCUUGCCUACAAGAGCAUCGCCACUCUCAGCCGGCUACGAUCUCUCCAGUGCGGCCGAGACUAAGGUUCCGGCAAGGGGAAAAGCACUGGUCCCGACUGACCUGAGCAUCGGCAUACCCGAUGGGACGUACGCUCGCAUUGCACCGCGAUCGGGUCUUGCGUGGAAGCAUUCGAUUGAUGUGGGUGCUGGUGUCAUAGAUGCUGAUUACAGGGGACCAGUAGGGGUGGUUCUCUUCAACCACUCCGACGCUGAUUUUGAAGUGAAGCCCGGCGAUCGGAUAGCCCAAUUAAUCAUCGAGAAGAUAAUGACACCAGAUGUUUUGGAGGUUGAAGACUUGGAUUCAACUCAAAGAGGCUCUGGGGGAUUUGGGUCUACGGGUGUUUGAUCUUCUGCUUUUUGGUGUUUUUUUCCCCAAGGGGGCUGACUAAGGAAUUAUGACGAACGUGUAGCGUGCAAUCGCCUCGUGGUUUUGUAUAUGGACGUCGACAUUUUGAAAUAGAAUAUUUAUACUUGAGCACUA